GGGGAGCGAACAGUUCACAACAGUUAGUUUUUAAGAUCAGAUAGAAGACAAUGUUGUCUAGUGAGUCUCGUCCAAAAAUGGGCCCCUGGGUCAUUUAGAAACCACAGAGAACAAGCAGUAUUUGUCUGUGACCCCCUCAAGCAGAAGUGGCAGAAGGGGGAAGUCAGGGAUUGGUCACUUCAUGCAAACAGAAGUGGGCGGUACCACUGAAUUAGUGAAAUAGGGUAAAGACACCGGCCCUGUGGUGAUCAAAUCCAUCAGAUCGGUACUCUAAUGGCACUCUGUUUGAGGUGAUUACUGCGACCUGCAAUAAAAGGAAAGGCCUUGCCCUCGUACUGAUUGGGUCAUUUAGUUCCUCCUGGCUAGUUUAUAAAGACUGGACAGGGACCGGAGAGGACAGUUACUCUGAAUCCACUCCACAGCCUGGGAUCGUACCUACCUAGUGUUCCUCAGCAGGACAGCAAGUGGACGUAUUGGGUUUGAGAAUGCCACAUUUAACUAACUGUAGUUUCUACAAGAUGAGAGACGCAGCUAGAGUUUCCAAUGUUCAAAGCCAUCUGGAGAACUCCAAGUACCACCUCCACCAGACCCAGGCCCAGCAGGUCAAACAGUACCUAACUUUGGGCAGCAAGAUUGCCAGCCAGGCCCACCCGAUUGCCCACCCUCACCCAGGACAAGCCCUGGGUACCGUGCCUGUCAUGCGCAACGUACACCAAAUGCCACCUGUGAGUGACAGCAGCACGCCAGGAAGCCCCCUCACCCUGCUCACGCUGGCCAAUCACGAAAGCGAGUUUCCAAUGGAUGAAGUUAUUGAUGAUCUUAUUAGCCUUGAAUCCGGGUUCAAAGAUGGGAGUUUGGAUUUUAUGGAGCCAGGCAUCAUAAUGCAAAAAAAUGUGUCCCUGAACAACAGCAUGCUGGAGAUGUACGGCAGUGACCAAGGUAUGACUGCCUCUCAUGGUGGACUGACACCCCCCUCAUGCCCCACAAAGUUCUCAGUUAAAAGGGAAGUCACAGAACAUGAUACCAGAGUCUUGGCCAAAGAAAGACAGAAAAAAGAAAAUCACAAUCUAAUUGAAAGACGACGGCGAUACAACAUCAACUACAGGAUCAAAGAGCUUGGAACGCUGAUACCAAAAUCAAAUGACCCUGAUAUGCGCUGGAACAAAGGGACGAUCCUCAAGGCCUCAGUGGAAUACAUUAAGUGGCUACAGAAAGAGCAGCAACAUGCCCGUGAUAUGGAGUGCCGACAGAAGAAACUAGAGCAGGCCAACAGAAGACUUAUUCUACGAAUCCAGGAACUGGAAAUCCAGGCUCGUGCUCAUGGUUUACCCAAUAUGGCCACCUCAUUGGGAGUUGUGGAACUUUCAUCUCACCUCCUAAAACAACAACAGCAGCAGCAGCAACACCAGACCCAAAUCCCAGCAGUGCCUCCAAUCACCCAGGGGCCACUGCAACCUGCUCAGCCAACUCUCUACACUCAAGAGGAAAUGAGUAGCCCGGAAUACAUCCAGAAGACACCCUUACCAACAGAUAUGGGUGCUGGGAACACCGGAGAACAGACUGAUGGCUCCACAACCUUCUCUGAUCCUCUAUCCCACUUCACCGACUUCUUCAAUUCCUCCUUGAAAGAAGAACACCGACUGGAAGAGAUCCUGAUGGACGAUCCUCUCUCGCCCUUCGGUACCGACCCGCUUCUCUCUGCUGGAUCGCCCACAGCAUCCAAAGGAAGCAGCCGCAGGAGCAGUUUUAGCUCAGAGGAAGCAGAUGAACUUUGACUGUCUGGACGCCAACUUGAGGCCUCAACAUGGGCCUUCAUAUCUGAAACACUGUGUAACUGACCUCCCAUUUUCCAUUGGACUACAAAGAUGACAGGAAACCAGGCCCGUCUUGUGCCAGUGUUGAGUCAGAUACAUCAAAAAAAAAAAGGGAGACUGACUGAUCUACUGACAUUGAUCUACUGUAUAAAGGACUGCCUUUUUGGCAAUAACACUGGCUACAUAUACCAAGCGGAUUACCAAAUGUAUAUUUCGGAAACUUAAUGUCAUUGUUGAUAUGGACCAAUUUUAAAGGAGUUAGAAAGAGAUCAUUUUGUGCCUUAUCCAAAGGUGGCUAACUUUAUUACCACUGAAACCCUAAAGCAAUGAAAAAAAAUAAAAUAAAAAAAAAACCUAACAUGUCUUUCUAUGUUUCAUAUAUAAUGUAUUUUUCCAAAAGCAUACAUGAUCAUGUAUUUAUGUUUUAAUCCUUGUAUUCUUAAAAAAAAAAAAAAGAGAUUUCUUAAUCUAACAUGUUACUUUUUUAUAUGACUUCAGGGGCGUGGGACAACACAAUAAACCCCUUUUUGAUAAAAUGAAAACAAUGUCUUUCAUUAAUUUCUUAUACUAAUAAGUAGGGGUGUUAAAUGCAUUGAUGCAUCUAUUAAAGAAAUUUCAAUGCAUCGAAUUUGGAAUUUAAGAAUCGAUUAUCAUUACUAUAUUAAUACCCGUCUCAUAUUACACAAACCUUCUCGCAACAGACACGGAGCAUGCAAGAUUGAAGGGAAAGAAAUCGCACUUUGAUUAAGAAAGUUUGUGCAGCCGAGUUCACUUGCAAACCUACAUAAGAUAAAAUGGAUGGAGGGAUGCUGCCGAGUUCGGCUUUCUGUGUCAUUAUCUUUUGCUGUGUGUGCCACAAACAGUACUGCAUGAAAAUGUGAUUGAAUUCUUGUGAACGAACAAGCACCGGCGCCUUCGUUUAGCGACCGGGCGCCUCUCUCCCUAUCCCAAAAUGAAUAGGGAACUCAUGGUUACCAUAUCCCAUGUUUAAACACCUUUACUUGCUACUUAUAGAUAGUUUUAAUUUUAUGACCCUGCUCGAUUUAAACAUGGAUCUUAUCUGCCUGCACAUGACAUUUCAUCUUUAAUUAUUGGUGCAAUUAAUCUUAACGUUACAUGAUAUGCAAAUCUAUUUCGCCUAAUUCACGAUUUACCAUCUUUUUGUGUGUUUGCAUCAAACCAUUAUGUUGCAUCAGACAUUAUGUUAUCCUAUAUGUAUUAUGCAUGUACCAUAUCUAUAUGUAAUAUAUUAUGUCUACAUAUAACAUAAUCAUAUGUAUAAUGCAUAUCAUGUAAUGCAUCUUUUUGUUAAUAUACU